AUGGCAGGACUGCAAACAGAAUCACUCCAAGCUAUCUUUGAGCGCUACAUCACAGGGGCCGGGCUGAAGGGAGGGCCAUGGCGAGGGCUGGCUGUCUGCCUGCUGCGCUGCGACCUGCGGGCUCACGAUAACCAGGUGCUGCACUGGGCUGCCAGCAAUGCCGAUUACCUCAUUCCCCUCUACUGCUUCGACCCGCGGCACUACGCGGGCACGCACUGCUACGGCUUCCCAAAGACGGGGCCGCACCGGCUCAGGUUUCUGCUGGAAAGCGUGAAAGAUCUGAGGGAAACGCUCAAGAAGAAAGGAAGUACCCUGGUUGUGAGAAAAGGGAAGCCAGAAGAUGUGGUCCGUGAUCUGAUUACUCAGCUGGGCUGCGUUGGAGUCGUAGCUUUCCAUGAAGAGGCUACUCAGGAGGAGCUGGACGUGGAGAAGGAGCUGUGCCAGGUGUGCGAGCAGCACGGGGUGGAGGUGAAGCCCUUCUGGGCAGCCACGCUGUACCACCGCGACGACCUUCCCUUCGGGCCCAUCGCCAGGUUGCCCGAUGUCUACACCCAGUUCCGAAAAGCGGUGGAGGCCGAGGCGAAGGUCCGGCCGGCCCUGCAGCUGCCAGAUCAGCUGAAGCCUCUGGCUCCAGGCGUGGAAGAAGGCUGUAUCCCCACGAUGGAGGAUUUGGGACAGAAGGAUCCCGGGACUGAUCCACGAACAGCCUUCCCCUGCCGUGGAGGAGAGACCCAGGCUUUAGCGAGGCUCCAGUAUUAUUUCUGGGACACGAACCUGGUUGCAUCGUACAAGGAGACUCGGAACGGGCUGAUAGGCAUGGAUUACUCAACCAAAUUCGCACCAUGGCUGGCACUCGGCUGCAUUUCCCCCCGCUACAUCUACGAGCAGCUACGGAAGUAUGAAAAGGAGAGAGGGGCAAACGAUAGCACCUACUGGGUCCUGUUUGAACUGCUGUGGCGGGAUUACUUCCGAUUCGUGGCCCUGAAGCACGGCAGAAGGAUUUUCUCAGUAAGAGGGCUUCAGAGUAAAGAGGUCCCCUGGAAAAAGGAUCUUCAGCUCUUUGACUGCUGGAAAGAGGGCAAAACCGGGGUUCCUUUUGUCGAUGCCAACAUGCGGGAGCUGGCUGCCACGGGCUUUAUGUCUAACAGAGGGCGGCAGAACGUCGCCAGCUUCCUCACCAAGGACCUGGGGCUGGACUGGAGGAUGGGGGCGGAGUGGUUCGAACACCUGCUGGUUGAUUACGACGUUUGCAGCAAUUACGGCAACUGGCUGUACAGCGCCGGCGUUGGCAAUGACCCCAGGGACAAGAGGAAAUUCAACGUGAUUAAACAAGGCCUGGACUACGACGGCAACGGAGAUUUCGUGCGGCUGUGGCUGCCAGAGCUACGGGGCAUUGCGGGAGCUGAUGCCCACGCCCCGUGGGCACUGAGCAGCGCCGCGCUCCGCCAGGCGGGCGUAAUUCUGGGCCAGACCUACCCACAGCCACUCGUGAGGGCCCCGGAGUGGAGCAGGCACAUCAACCAGAGGCUUCAGGGAAGAAGCCCCCAUCCCCGGGGCAGGAGAGGACCUGCUGACGCCCCGGCGCAGCGCAAAGACAGAGGGAUUGAUUUUUACUUCUCUCGCAAGAAAGAUGAGUGACGGAGGCGAUCCAUGUGCGUGCUGGAGAAGAGUUCACUGGGACUCCGAGCAGGUGUUGCUGCUUUUCCAGUGCCUCCUGCUUGGCACUGUUCCUUCCAGCUGUUACAAGCUCAAUUUCUACCUCUUCUUACAAACUGGAGCAGCUGGUUUGUGCAGCAGGUAUUCAGAAAGAGACAUUUAGCGCGAAUUUUCUUAUGCUGAUUUUUCAUUCUUAAAGCUUUUAAACCACUACUCAUUACGCAAUUAAAAAUUUGCUGCUGGAG